GGUGUGAGUUAGCGUUAAACGAUAAAAAUCAACAAAUCAGGCCUAAUGGACAGCGCUAAGACUGUCAACAAUAGAAUGCUAAUGUAGCGUAGGUUGAGUAGCUUGCAGCAAGCAAACUCCAGCAAAAAGGCAAGAUCAGUUAAGAUCUGGAGACCUCUUGACUAUCAUAACACUGAACCCCACAUAUCGUACUCUUCAUCUACGCUACUGAACAUGAGCGAUAGCCCAGAAGAACGUCCCAGACCUAGGUCAUUUCGUAUCGAUGAUAUUUUAGCGUCCACAGAGAGCAAAGCACCAACGAGUACAAGUACAAUCCCUACUAAUACUAUCAGUAGCAGUAGCGAUGGCGCGUCUAGUUCUGUAACCUCUUCUUCUAUUCGAACACCGUGUGUUCUCCCCCUCAACUUUGGCGUGGAUUCGUUACUCUCAAGAAACAGCACAGAUAUGUCCCCGAAUAGAUAUGAAUCUUUCUAUCAAGUAAUACCAGGAGGAUACUGGAGCCCUCCGUACACGUGCUACACAGGAGGACACUCGUGUAAUACAUGCUACAACAAUUCGAGUGCAUCCUACAUGCCCAGUACUAAGAUAUCAGCAAAUCAAGAGGUGUACCUCCAAUACUCCCUUUCGCAACCAACAGCUUCACAACAGUAUUACCAGAGCCCCUCAAACUCAAAUAAAACAGCUCGCAGACCGCGCAGGCCCUGGACUCGAGCGGUAUUUUCUAGUCUCCAACGAAAAGGACUCGAAAAAAGGUUCGAGGUUCAAAAAUACUUGACCAAAGCAGACAGACACCAGCUAGCUUCUAUGUUAGGACUCUCAGACAACCAAGUUAAAGUUUGGUUUCAAAAUCGACGAAUGAAAUGGAGGCAAGACGCAAGAGAGUCUGUGACGAGUACCAAUACUGAGGGGGGAGAGGAAAGUACAAAUUGACACUAGGAUUCAAUUAUCAUAAUUGACUAUUUGCAUGCAUUCAGAUGUCUAUGUAUUAUUUAACUUCGGAUGUUUAUUUUAUUCUAUUGUUACUAUUCUUUCCUCGCGAAAGAUGAUAAAGAGAACAAAUAUAGAAAUAUUAUACAAAAAUAAUAUAAAAUUCGAUGCUUGUAUACAACAUAUUUAAUAAACAUGUACAAUGAAUUUAUUAAAUAAU